CGGCGGCGGCGGCGGCGGCAGCCAGAGAGCUCCCGGCGGCGGCGGCCGGAGCGCGCAGACCCCUGCCCACCGCCAGGCGCAGCACGCGCGCAGCCUCUCCGCGCAACCAGGACGCUCGCGGGUCGCGGGCCGCUGGCGGGUUAAAUCGCUGCCGUAAGAAAACUCCGAAUACACGAUUUUUUUUUUUUGAGUUGCCAGAUCUCAGCGAGGCUACCUGUGUGAAAGCAUCUGAUACAUCUGCCAUCCAGUGCAAAGAUAUACAAAGCUUCAUAAUCACCCCAAGACCACACCCAAGAGCAAACAUGAAUGAUAUUUCCCAAAAAGCUGAGAUUCUGCUUUCUUCAUCUAAACCUAUCCAAAAAUCCUAUGUGCCAAAACUUGGCAAGGGUGAUAUAAAGGAUAAGUUUGAAGCCAUGCAGAGAGCCAGGGAAGAAAGAAAUCAAAGGAGAUCUAGAGACGAAAAGCAAAGAAGAAAAGAACAAUAUAUUAGAGAGAGAGAAUGGAACAGGAGAAAGCAGGAGAUUAAAGAAAUGCUUGCUUCUGAUGAUGAAGAGGUAUCUUCUAAAGUAGAAAAGGCCUAUGUCCCAAAGCUAACAGGAACCGUGAAAGGUAAAUUUGCUGAAAUGGAGAAGCAAAGACAAGAGGAACAAAGGAAGAGAACGGAGGAGGAGCGAAAACGCAGAAUUGAACAGGAUAUGUUAGAAAAGAGGAAGAUACAACGUGAAUUAGCAAAAAGGGCUGAGCAGAUUGAGGACAUAAACAAUACGGGAACUGAAUCAGCAUCAGAGGAAGGAGAUGAGUCACUGCUUGUAACAGUGGUACCUAGCAAAUCACACAAAGCAUCUGGAAAAAUAAAAAAGAAUUUCGAGGAUCUAGAAAAAGAACGAGAAGAAAAAGAAAGGGUCAGAUAUGAAGAGGAUAAAAGAAUAAGAUAUGAAGAACAACGACGAUCUCUCAAGGAAGCAAAGUGUCUUUCGUUGGUCAUGGAUGAUGAACUGGAAAGUGAGGCUAAAAAAGAAUCACUUUCUCCUGGAAAAUUGAAACUAACUUUUGAAGAAUUGGAAAGACAAAGACAAGAAAACCGGAGGAAGCAAGCUGAAGAGGAAGCAAGACAACGUUUAGAAGAAGAGAAGCGUGCUUUUGAAGAAGCAAGGCGGCAAAUGGUAAAUGAGGAGGGGGAAAACCAAGAGACAGAAAAAAUUUUUAAAGGGUACCGCCCUGGUAAACUCAAACUCAGUUUUGAAGAAAUAGAAAGACAAAGGAGAGAAGAUGAAAAAAGGAAAGCAGAAGAAGAAGCCAGAAGAAGAAUAGAGGAAGAAAAGAAGGCAUUUGCUGAAGCAAGGAGAAGCAUGGUAGUAGAUGAUGACUCCCCAGAGAUGUAUAAAACAAUCUCUCAAGAAUCUCUUACACCUGGAAAACUGGAAAUUAACUUUGAAGAAUUAUUAAAACAAAAAAUGGAAGAAGAAAAACGACGAACAGAGGAGGUACGGAAGCAUAAGCUAGAGAUGGAAAAACAGGAGUUUGAACAACUGAGACAAGAAAUGGGACAGGAAGAGGAAGAAAAUGAAACCUUUGAGCUGAGCAGGGAAUAUGAAGAAUUAAUCAAAUUGAAAAGAAGUGGCUCUAUUCAAGCUAAAAAUCUAAAAAGCAAGUUUGAAAAAAUUGGACAAUUGUCUGAAAAAGAAAUACAGAAAAAGAUAGAAGAAGAACGAGCAAGAAGAAGAGCGAUUGACCUUGAAAUUAAAGAGCGGGAAGCAGAAAACUUUCAUGAGGAAGAAGAUGUUGAUAUCAAGCCUGCAAAAAAAAGUGAGGCUCCGUUUACUCAUAAAGUAAAUAUGAAAGCUAGAUUUGAACGAAUGGCUAAGGCAAGAGAAGAAGAAGAACAAAGAAGAAUUGAAGAACAAAAGUUGCUACGCAUGCAAUUUGAGCAAAAGGAGAUUGAUGCAGCACUACAAAAGAAAAGAGAAGAGGAGGAAGAAGAAGAGAGUAGCAUCAUGAAUGGCACCACUAUUGAAGAUGAAGAGCAAACCAGAUCAGGAGCUCCGUGGUUCAAAAAGCCUCUAAAAAACACAUCGGUUGUAGACAGUGAGCCAGUUAGAUUUACUGUUAAAGUAACAGGAGAACCCAAACCAGAAAUUACCUGGUGGUUUGAAGGAGAAAUACUGCAGGAUGGAGAAGACUAUCAAUAUAUUGAAAGAGGAGAAACUUACUGCCUUUAUUUACCAGAAACUUUCCCAGAAGAUGAAGGAGAGUAUAUGUGUAAAGCGGUCAACAAUAAAGGGUCUGCCGCUAGUACCUGUAUUCUUACCAUUGAAACUGACGACUACUAGCUCCCCUUCCCUCUCCCUGGAACUUUCUCUCUCUCUCUCUCUCCGACUUUCUUACUACAUCCAUCUUUCUGUGGCGGGGCCAAAAAA